AUGCGGGGAGGGGCUAGGUUGGAGGGGGAGGGGAGUAGCAUGGACGUACUGGGUCUCCUCACUUCCCCUUUCUACCCCACCCCGGGUUCUUCACGCGCGCUCCGGGACCUCGCGGGAGCCGGUGCCUUACACAGCGGAGCGCGGGGCGGACACUUAGCAGCACUGAGACACGACACUCCCCACCGGGGACUGGUGGAUGCAGCCCUGGACGGCCCUCCGGGGAGGAGUCUGGCGCUCUUGGCGCUUCUGGGCUCAGGGGACCCCAGCGACCCGCGCCCAAAGCGCUGCAGUCUCGGAUAUUAUCACUCGCUGGACCCCAAGGCACUGGCGGCCGUCAAAACUUUCAGGGACUCAUAUGAACAAGAGAUGCUGAGCUGGGGAAAGAGAAAUUGCUCAUUCUCUAGGAGAAAGGAGCCCCGGAAAGUCUCGCCCUGCACCCGUCUCCAUCUGGCGGCCCUCGCCCUAGAGAACACCGAGUCCGUUCUGCGGAACCUGAGUCGUCCUGCUCUGGCUACUAGAGCCGUCCCAGUCCUCGAGCUGCUCUCUGCCGUGAGGAGGAAUGUGGUCGCCUGUAUGACGCCGCCCAGCCUAGGCUCCCUCCCUAAACCUUCCGCUAGUCUUAGUAUGUUAGGCUAUGGUCACAGCGGACCCCGGCCAGGCAGACCCAGGGAAUUGUCUCGCUUAGCAGAACCCCGGCGUUCGGAAGGUCACCCGCCUACACAGCCCCGGACACGAGACCCAGAGAGAGAGGACCCUGGAGAGGGGAAAUGGGCUCAGCCCCCAGAUUUCGACAUUCAAGUCUCUCCAAGUCGCGGCAAGCUGGAGGGAGUGGAUCAGAGCUCCAAGAGCAGGAGAAAGUACCUUCAGGAGAGGCGAAUGACUAAAGCGAAGAGUUUGGAAAGUCCACAAUGUCGUGAAGCCGAGACCAUUCUCAGCCUCCUGAAACUGCUCACCUUUGACCUCAAGCUGGUUAUUCUCUCUGGAUCCUGUGCCUGAGCUUUCCCGGGUCCAAAGCGGUCUUCUCUACUGGGGCUUUCUACUAUCCGGGGAUGUGUCCCAACGUCAAUUGACAAGCGAGGUGCUCAGGCUCCCUGUUGUGCCUAGUUGGAUUCCAAACUUUUCUAGCGCUCAUUUCCAGACAACAUCAUUAGACAGCAAGAGGACUGUGUGGUUGGCUCAGAGCCUGUAGCCUCUUGUUCAAAAUCCUGGGGCCGGGGCCAGGGAGAGUGAGGGGCAAUGACGUUAUGAUCACUGUGGUAGGGGCAGCUAGGUGGCACAGUGGAUAGGGCACUCUUGGAGUCAGAAGCACCUGAAUUCAAAUCUGG